AUAUCUUAUUCGAGUCGAGUUGGAACCGAUUAAGCACACAUUCGUGUUUGCUGAGUAUUGUUCUUACACAAAAAUUCCUUGCUUCAAAAUGAUGACAUUUACAACAUUCAUUUAUGAUCUCCGAUAAAUUUUUCUGUGCACAAAUUCACAUGAAUUUUCAAUCAUCUCAUUAACUAAUUAUCAUGUUCCAAUGUCAUCUCUCAAUUACCAGAGUAAAGCUGGGUCAGUAGGACAUCGCCUGGCAGGUCAAGAUCUUUGAUUCGGAUGUUCGUGACUCAAGGAUCAAUCGUACGUUUGUGCGAGAUGUAAUGCGUGCAUUUUAUUAUCAUUGAAAGUUUGGUUGAUUCUCGAGAAAGGAAAAUUGUGGGGGAACUGGUUGUUAUUGAGACUUGUUACCCAUAACGUCCUGCUGCACGAUACAGUUCACGCGGCAGUUGCAUUUCGAUGCAUUGACGGGAUUUUUCCCAUGACCGGUAUCGCUAAAGUGUCUUCGUCGCCCGCAAUCAAGUUUUGAUCAUCAAUUUUCAACAUGUUCUCCAUUCGAUGUAGAUACGUGAAAGUUCUUCUGCUCACCGUUACCCUGCAAAGUUUCGUUUCGGUACAUUCGAACGAAGUGGCGAACAAGCAUGAGGGAAAUUUGAAAAGGGCAUUCGUGAGUUUUCAGGACGUCGUAACGAAUCUUGUAAAUCUGACAAGAUCACAUGAACAUGGAUCGCCAUGCGCGAGGGAUGUCAAUAUCCUAUGGGAAAGUGCGGAUGCCGGUGAAGUUUGGGCGCUUCAAAUGUUCGACGCUGCAUCAAAAGUUCAGUCGGGGAUCCUGAAGGGAAACAUCCGUGACCUGGGAAUGUACGAUCAAUGUGUCGCUGUUGGGGUAGAGCGUAAUCCUGCUAACGUUAGAGGUAGUCAUUGCAUGGUCACAUUGUCAGUUCCUCCGGAGUUAUUCCAUGAUGCGAAUGGCAUGAUAAUACUGCAAAAACUAUCGACAUUUGGUCAAAAUUUCGGAAGUCCAUUGACUUUUACUUCGGCCGUCUGUUUGCCAUCGUCGUGUAACGAUGACGAUGUUCUCAAACUGAUCAACCGAAGCAUCACAGCUACUCCAAGUAUCUCAAUGUUGGGUAUUAAGGUUGACGAAGUGACAUGUUCGUCGGGAAAGAACGAUGAUUUCUCACUAGGCGAGGUUUUACUAAUGAUGUUCAUCGUAACGAUCGUGGCUUUUCUAUUUUUUUGCACCGUUUGUGAAUAUCUACAGAGAGGCAGACCGAAUGGUGAAGCUUCUACUUUGAGUACACUUGCUGAAUUUUCUUUGUACACCAAUUCUCGUUAUUUAUUGAGCACCAAACCAGCUCCGGACGCAGUGCCCGUCAUUUUUGGCAUACGAGUUUUGAGCUUGUGUUGGGUUGUGUUAGUCCAUCGCGCUUUCGUCACGUUUUUUGGACCGAUAGCAAACGCGAACGAUGUUUUAGCAUUGCAGUCAACACCUUUGGCGCUUUUUUGUUACAUGGUAACUUUUAUGGUUGACUUGGCGUUUCUUGUUGGUGGUUUCUUAACUACUCGACAAUUCCUCAAAUCAAUUCGGAAAGGAGAAAAGAUCAACUUGCUAUCGGUGUACUUCCACCGUUACAUCAGAUUAAUGCCAAGCUUGGCGAUCGUAACUUUGAUAACCGUAUUCUUUCUCCGUCGCAUCGGCUCUGGCGCUAUAUGGAAUCAAGGGAUGAAAUUGAUUAUAGAUCCUUGCGAAGAGAAUUGGUGGACUAAUCUUCUCUUCGUCCAAACUUCUGUGAAUGCUGCGUACAUGUGUCUACCACAUACUUGGUACUUGGCAGCGGAAAUGAAACAUUUCAUAAUAUCGAGGAUCCUCAUUUUGGCGUCAUUUCGAUGGCCAAAAUACGCUCGCAGUAUUCUCAGUGUAUCAUUCUUAUUGAGUGUUCUUGCACCUUGUGUUCUUCUAGUAAUUAAUAAGAAUUCAAAUGGGGUAUUCAAAUUGAGUCCAGAGACAAGUAAAUCUGAAUUACAAAACAAUGUACUCAACCUUUAUAUGUCGAGCGUUUUUCGCUCUUCCGCCUAUCUGGUGGGAGUAUUUCUAGGAUACAUUGAUCUGAACGUAAAGAAUAGUCUUAGCAAGCUACAAAUUGUGAUUGGUUGGGCACUGGCUGGUCUAACGAUGUUGCUUUGUACUUUGGCUACUUACUACGUGUACGCCGAUACGAAUGAAUACGAUUUGGUAUUCGAAGUACUUUACACAGCUCUUGCACGCCCCGCGUGCGCAAUAGCAAUGGCGUGGUUCAUUUACGCUUGUACACAAGGCUAUGGAGGUCCGGUAGGGAGGUUCUUAUCCUCUCCGAUAUUUCUACCCUUGAGCCGAUUAUCUUACUGCAUACAUUUAGUGCAUAUUGUGAUGCAAAUGGUACUGGUACUGUCUUCACGUGUGCCCUUUGUUUUUUCGAAAUUUGCACUGUUGCACCAGUUUUGGGGCGAUUUGGUGGUAUCGACAGCACUGGGUUUCGUUUUGAGUCUGUUCUUUGAAACUCCCAUGAUGGUUUUGGAACGUGUCGUCAAAAAAUCAUUUUCGCCUAAAGUUACGUCAACAGGUGACAGCCUCAAUGGGAGACAGAAAUUAAACGAAACGACCAACGGAAAAGUGAUAAAGGUUCAUUAAAAUCAACUAAGGCACGUUUACAUUAAAUCUUCAUUGCCGAAUGGCAACAGGUUCCAUUGGUUGCACGCAUCGAUAUACACACAUGUUAAAUAUUAUCUACUACAUCAAGUAACCGAUGAAAAGUGAUUGGGGAUUAGGUCAAGAAUGUAUGUACAUAAAUAAAUAAAAAUGAAUCUUUAA